AUAGUAUUCCCUCCCCAUCCCCCCCACUCCUCACUUCCUCUAUAUAUAUACUAGUAUUCAGACUCUGAAAGCUAACAGAAUUAGUUCUCUCUCAGAUCAAAUGGGGAAUACAAUAGGAGCAGGAAGAAGGAUAGCGAAGGUGAUGACCAUAGAUGGCGAGACUGUUAAGUUUAAGACGCCAUUAAAAGUAGGGGAAGUAACCAAAGACUACCCAGGUCAUGUCCUAAUAGAAUCAGAAGCUGUGAAGCACUUUGGCGUUAGAGCAAAGCCUUUGGAACCACAGCAAGAUUUGAAACCAAGGCGACUCUAUUUCCUCUUGGAGAAACAAAAGUUUCCUCAGCAAGAGAAGAAUGUUCUCCAGAGGAAGGUGAGGCCAGGGGUGAAGAUGAGUGCUAAGGAAAGGAUGGAAAGUCUCAUGUUAACCCGACGGGCGACGUCGGACUUGUCGUCGGUGAAGUCGAAGACUCUUGUGAACGACGCCGGCAUGGUGAGGGUGAAAUUAAGGUUACCCAAGUCGGAGUUGUCGAAGCUGAUGGAUGAGAGCCAAGAUGCAAAGGAGGCGGCGGAGAAGAUUAUGGAUCUCUGUAUCACGAAGACCGGGAUGAGCAGUUCGGAUGAGCACGAGGAGGACGAUAUGUACACCAAGAGUGGACCUCUCCUUGGCUACGACUCCAACGAUGACACCGAAAGUGGGCCUCUGCGGCCGCAUGGCGUUUGGAAGCCGGCUCUUGAUAGUAUCAAAGAGGGUAGCAACAAGCCCCGCCGCGAGAAAAAGGUGAAGUUUUUGCCCGUCAAGGAUGAAGAAGAAGUGGAGUAGUUACGCACAGAUUAACUCUUAUGAAUUUUUUCCCUCUUGACUGAGAAUACAAGAAAUAAAAAAAAUAUAUAUAUACAUUAGACGAUGGCGGUAAUUUUCAGAUUCACAUUUUGUUUUUCUCCAAUGAUAGUGAAUCUAUCAUUUUUUUUUUUGCAAGACCCAUGCUUUGGUUCUUGUUUUAUUAUGUGUACGAUGAAUGUAUGUAAAUUCAUGUAUAGUAAUUUGGUAUCCCAUCUUAUUUUAAUAUAAUCAAAUCUCUCUCUCUCUC